GCCGGUCCCUGCACCAGGUGACCUGUUCCGGCCCGGAUCCGGGCGGCCUCGCCAUGCAGUGGCGCGACGCGAGGCUUUGGUGGCCACGGCGGCGGCACCAGCAGCAGCCCCCGCAGCCCGCGCUCGGUCCCCGGGCCUCAGCCAUGGUCCCCCCGAGCGGCGGUGUCCCCCCGGGCCUCGGUGGCCGCCCUGCAGGCGCGCUGCUCCUUCUCUGCUACCUGCAUUUUGUGCCAUCUCUGGGCAGGCAGACUUCCCUGACGACGUCGGUGCUGCCCAGUGCCGAGCAGGGUGCAACGUACGCAGACUUUAUUUAUUUUACUGCCUUUGAAGGGAGCGUGCGCAACGUCUCAGAAGUCUCCGUGGAGUAUUUAUGCUCUCGGCCUUGUGUUGUCAAUUUGGAAGCGGUCGUCUCUUCCGAGUUCAGAAGUAGCAUUCCCGUGUACAAGAAGAGGUGGAGGAACGAGAAACAUCUUCACACCAGCAGGACACAAAUAGUACACGUGAAGUUCCCAAGCAUUAUGGUGUACAGAGAUGAUUACUUCAUCAGACACCCCAUCUCUGUGUCCACGGUGAUCCUACGAGCCUGGAUUACUCACAGGCACAGUGGCGGGGGCUUGAAUGUCCGAGGGGAGGAGAAUUUGCUGCAUGCAGUCGCAAAGAAUUACACCCUGCUGCAGACGGUCCCACCUUUUGAACGGCCUUUCAAAGACCAUCAGGUGUGCCUGGAGUGGAACGUGGACUAUAUUUGGAGCCUCUGGGCCAACAGGAUCCCACAGUGUCCUCUGGAAAGUGAUGCGGUUGCCCUCCUCAGUUUCCCGUAUGCCUCCAGUGGAGAAAACACUGGCAUCGUGAAGAAGCUCCUGAGGUUCCAGAAUCGAGAGCUGGAGGCCACCCGAAGCCAGCGCAUGGACUACCCCACGGUUACUGUUUCGCUGUGGCUUUAUUUACUCCAUUAUUGCGAGGCUAGUCUCUGUGGAAUUCUGUACUUUGUUGACUCUAAUGAGAUGUACGGCACACCUUCUGUGUUUCUUACGGAAGAGGGCGCUUUGCACAUUCAAAUGCAUCUUGUCAAAGGAGAAGACCUGGCUGUAAAAACAAAAUUCACCCUGCCUCUGAAGGAGUGGCUCCGACUGGAUAUCUCUUUCAAUGGAGGCCAGAUAGUGGUCACUGCCAGCCUUGGAUGGGACUUGAAAAGCUACCAUAAUCAGACCAUGAGCUUCCAUGAAGACUUCUAUUAUAACGACACGGCUGGAUACUUCAUUAUUGGCGGGAGCAGGUACGUGGCAGGCAUCGAAGGGUUCUUUGGACCCGUGAAAUACUAUCGCCUCCGCAGCCUACACCCUGCACAGAUUCUUAAUCCCUUCGUUGAGAAGGAACUGGGGGAACAAAUCAAGUUAUACUAUGAGCGGUGCGCUGAGGUGCAGGAAAUAAUAGCCGGGUACGCUGCCACUGUCCAGGUCGGGCGUGAGAGACGGGACACAUGUGACGUCUAUAACUCCUACCUGGACCUCAGGCGCAGGUACGGGAGACCGGAGGUGUGUGGAGCGUUGCCCUGGGAGAAGGAGCUGAGAGACAGGCACCCCAGCUUGUUCCAGACACUACUGCAGAUGGACCUGCUCACUGUGCCAUGGAACCAGAAUGACUCCGUGUUAGAAAUCGGUGGGAGGAUAUUUGAGAAGGCUGUAAAGAGACUCUCCGGCGUUGAUGGCCUCCACCAAAUUAGCUCUGUCAUCCCCUUUCUGAUGGAUUCCAGCUGCUGUGGCUACCAUAAAGCAUCCUACUACCUCACUGUCUUCUAUGAAACUGGAUUAAACGGACCUCGGGAUCAGCUGCAGGGCAUGCUAUACAGUCUGGUUGGAGGCCAGGGCAGUGAGAGGCUGUCGUCACUGAAUCUUGGGUACAAACACUACCAGGGUGUAGACAGCUAUCCGCUGGACUGGGAACUGUCAUAUGCGUACUACAGCAACAUUGCCACGAAGACACCCCUUGACCAGCACACACUGCAGGGAGACCAGGCAUAUGUUGAAACUAUUAGACUCAAAGAUGAUGAAAUACUCAAGGUCCAAACCAAAGAGGAUGGAGAUGUCUUCAUGUGGCUGAAGCACGAAGCCACCCGCGGCAAUGCAGCAGCACAGCAACGAUUGGCCCAGAUGCUGUUCUGGGGGCAGCAAGGGGUGGCCAAGAAUCCAGAGGCUGCCAUCGAGUGGUACGCUAAGGGGGCCCUGGAGACCGAGGAUCCUGCCCUGAUCUAUGACUACGCCAUCGUGCUAUUCAAGGGUCAAGGAGUUAAAAAGAACAGACGGCUCGCCUUAGAGCUCAUGAAGAAAGCCGCUUCCAAGGGAUUACAUCAGGCCGUCAAUGGCCUGGGAUGGUAUUACCACAAAUUCAGGAAAAAUUAUGCCAAAGCAGCAAAAUACUGGUUAAAAGCAGAAGAAAUGGGGAACCCAGAUGCAUCAUACAACCUUGGGGUCCUGUAUCUGGAUGGCAUUUUCCCGGGAGUUUCUGGAAGGAAUCUGACGCUAGCUGGUGAAUACUUCCACAAGGCCGCACAAGGAGGGCACAUAGAAGGGACGCUGUGGUGUUCUCUUUACUAUAUCACUGGCAACCUGGAGACCUUCCCUAGAGAUCCUGAGAAAGCUGUUGUAUGGGCAAAGCACGUGGCUGAGAAAAAUGGAUACUUGGGUCAUGUCAUUCGCAGAGGCCUCAACGCCUACCUGGAGGGACUGUGGCAUGAAGCGUUGCUGUAUUAUGUUUUAGCAGCAGAAACUGGAAUUGAAGUGUCACAGACAAAUUUAGCCCACAUCUGUGAGGAGCGGCCAGACCUGGCUGGGAAAUUCUUGGGCAUUAAUUGUGUUUGGCGAUACUAUAAUUUCUCUGUUUUUCAAAUCGAUGCCCCUUCAUUUGCAUAUUUGAAAAUGGGAGACCUUUACUACUACGGUCACCAAAACCAGUCCCAAGAUCUGGAGCUAUCGGUGCAGAUGUAUGCCCAAGCCGCUCUGGACGGAGACUCCCAGGGAUUUUUCAACCUAGCUCUACUGAUAGAGGAAGGUGCUGUCAUUCCACACCACAUUCUGGAGUUCCUGGAAAUUGACCCCUCACUCCAUCCCAGUAACUCCUCCAUCCUCCGGGAGCUGUAUGAAAGGUGCUGGAGCCUCAGUAAUGAGGAGUCCCUUAGCCCCUGCUCCCUGGCCUGGCUUUACCUUCACUUGCGGCUUCUCUGGGGUACCAUUCUGCACUCUGCCCUGAUCUACUUCCUUGGAACCUUCCUGCUGUCCGUAGGGAUCGCCUGGAUGGUGCUUCAUUUCCAGUGUGUCUCAGCCAAUGGCUCCUCUCCAGCACCAGCCUGGGUCGUGGCAGACCCCACCUCAUCUACCCCAAGUCCAGCUGUGCCUCCAGCUGCAGAUGCCUCUGACCACGACCCACCCACGAUGGCUAACAACCCCGAGCCUUGUGGGUGAACUGUGCACUCCAAGUCUUUCCAGCUGAGAGACAGCCCUUUCAACAUCUGGCUGGGGAAGGCCAAGGCCAGGGCAUUAUACUGAUAAAUACCUUAAAUAUCUCGUGAACUGGAUGCCGGCUUUGCACUUGGUGUCUUUUUGUUUAUUUCUAAACAAGGACAUACCCAGAGCAGGAUAUAGGUAUCAAACAAAUUCAAGGAUCGCCUUGAAAACAGGGGCAUGCGGGGAAGUGAGCCGAGGCAUUGGACUUUCAUCCCUGGUCAUCGUUCUGGGAACCACAGCCUGCCUUGUAGAACAUCCAUAUUCCCAUCCAUGGAGAUGCGUUUGAAAAAGUCUUAGUCUUUGUUCAUCCCCUCUGACCGGAGGACAGGAACUUCCCUCCGAGGCUGAUGAUGUUUCAGCGUCUGUGUUUGCCACAUCCACUUCCUGCUCCCCAAAGCCCGGCUGACAGAUUGCUCUCUGAGUUUCAAGCCCAGCAGUUAGAAGGCACCUUGAAGCAAACAAAACAGCAUAGACAGGGAAGGCAAUAGCAUUGUAUAUUGGUUUACAUUUUUUCCCCUGUGGAUUUUUCUAGAGUCGUAGUGCUUCCAAAUCAUUUGAUGACAUUAUUGGAUAUCGUUUAUGUUUCCAUCACAACCCAUGCAAUAACAUCUAGGAACUCUUUAGUAUUUAAGUGUAGUCUUCUUCAUGAAUCGCCGUUAGACUAGACUGGCAGCAAAGGGAUCUGCAGAAAAACAGCUGUUAGCUCAUAGCUUCAUCUCCACCCCUUCUGCGUGCCGGUGUCUGUAUAGGGAUGUGUGUGUGUGCACGGCUGUGUGUGAGUGUGUGCGUGAGUGUCUGUGUACCGUAUGCUGCUACUGUAGAAAAUACAUCAGUAAGGCAUUACUGUGGGUUCAGACUACUCUUUGCACUACUUUAUUUACAGUAGUAAAUAAAAUUAUUUUUCUACAGUUGAC